ACCUCUCACUUCACCCCGCUUGAUUCUUCGUCGAUCUGGUCUUAAGCCCUCAACUGGUCCAUCUCCCACGGUAGCGAGGUCCCUGCUCCCACUUCACCAAACUGCAACCUUAUAAAUCUCUCACUCGCCUCCGCAAUUGUUCCUCUACUUUAUCAAUCGAGCUUCAGCGGCUAUCACAACGUAGCUCUUACGACAUGCUGUGGCGCAAGAACCAGCGCUCGCCCUCACCGCCACGCCUAACCAGCUCCACACCUGCAAUGGAGCGCCAUCUAACCACUAUGGACUCGGGCAUUGAAGACCCUGUGAAGGAGGCCGACAUCUCUUCUGUCGCGCCCACGGAUGGACCGGUUGCCUCAGGUCACGUUCAAGAAUCGCAGGCUGCUUGCUCAGACAACAAACCUACCCCGAACCCGAUUCAGUCACCAGUCGCCCCUGCCAAAGAUGAUGCGAAUGCCUCCACAGCUCCGAACAAGAAGAACGCCGACGUUCCGCCAGAGAAAGUCGGCUCCAUCCGCAGCAAAGCUCGACGUUCCCGGCCACAGUUCCUGACACUCGUCGCCUGCGUGUCCUAUCUGCUGCUCCAGUUCCUUGGUGUCGAUCUGGGUCUGCGAUUCAUCCAUGGCUAUACAGAGCCCCGUCUGAACCAGGCUGAAACGCAGCUCCGCUCUGCAUUGGGCGGCCUGGCCAUGGAAAAUUACUUGUACGAGAGGCUGUACGCACUUCACAGCAUUGCGAUGGCACGACAAUACCAGGAGAGCUAUGAACAUUGCGUGGCUCGGGGUCUCUUUAAAGCUGAUCAGAUCUUUCUUGGGAUAGACUACACCGUCUAUCCCGACGUUCGCGACAAGACUAUGGAGUGGGUCACUGACAACUGCGGUCGACUGCUCUACACGCCUCAAGUAUACGCUCCGAAUCCCUCUAGAUUCUGGUCGGUUAUGGCAAACGUACGAUCGUCUGCUGAGAAGACUCUCGCGCUGGCCAAACGCAGGAUUGCACUGCUGCGGCGAAAGAUCCGUGGCAGUAAGCCUCGGCCUGCCACAGAUGAUCCCAUUCUUGAGCUCUUCGAAUGGCUCCAUGACACCACGAAGCUGUUCGAAGUGCCCUUAUUGCCUGCGGGCUUCAGACUGGACUGCAUAGCGGACGGCCUCUGCCGUUUGAACCACACCGGGCCGCACAAGUCAGCCACCGGCCUGACGCUGGUCGAAGCUGCCGUGAAGGCAAACAAGGAGGUAUCGAAGUGGACCUACCCGUGGAAAAAGGUCUUCCGCAUCAACAGCCGUAUCAUCAACGUGCUGACUAUUCUGCAACACCUGCUCAGCAUCUGCUACCUACUCGCGGUGCGCUUAUCCCUCCCCUUUCCCCUCCCACGCCGGACACCAACCCCAAAGACUUCCAAGGCUGCGCACAUCUGGUCGCGCCUCCGCACCACCAUCGCCGCCCUGAACCCCGACGAGAAAAUCGCCGCCGGCGGCCUCAUAGUCAACACAGCCCUGUACGCCCUCCUGCACUACGAAUUCACCUUCCUCGCCGCCGAGCUGUCUCGCCUGCAGCUCCCCAUUGGUCUCGGGCUGUGCGCGCUGCACGUCCCGCAGGCGCUCGUGUUCCUCAAGCCCUCGUCCGACGCCCGCGACGAGACGCUGUACUCCGCCUGCCGCGCUGCACUCAUCCUCGUCCGCAUCGCACGCAGUGACGAUACCCUGUCCGAGCCAAGCAGCGUCGCGUCUGCCCCGGCCCCGGCUCCCGUGGUGCACCACCCCGCGUCCAGGAUCGGCGCGCGCUUUAUCUCGCCCCUGACGCCCAUCGCGGAGGAUCUGUGGCGCGAGCGCAUGGCCUUGCGUGAUGAGCGCGACAUGUUCCAAGACGACGAGCUGUAUGGGUGCGCGACCGAGUCGGACUCGGAGUAUGAGUCUGAUGUGCAGCAUGCGAGCUAUGUCGAUCUGGCGGGCGGGGUGACGCCGACGGUGUCUGAGGAGGAGGAGUGGGCUGUUGUGGCGGAGUGAGGGUUAGUGUGUAGGACGCAGAGGCGGGCUGAAGGCCUGGUGGUCGGGGUAUGGAUAUGGAUAUGGACACGGGCAUGGAUGUGGCGUACCAGUUGACAGAUUGCACACGUGCCUGGGAGCUUUGCUCGGCACACGAUAACGACGACGAUGAGUAUGACGGCGUAUAGCUGAUGUAGAAAGAUAGACUAUAAAAUG